AUGCCGGUUCAAGAUCGGAACGCCACAUCGCAGUCCACGAUGUCAUCAUCGUCUCCACAAACCGCCGUCAACGGCGGAGAAAACGAAUGCGACUGGGUCUGGAACGAAAUCAAAGCUGAAGCUCGCCGCGACGCCGAAUCCGAACCAGCCCUCGCCAGUUACCUCUAUUCCACCAUCAUCUCCCACUCAUCUCUCACACGCUCUCUCUCUUUCCAUUUAGGAAACAAACUCUGCUCCUCCACUCUCCUCUCCACCCUCCUCUACGAUCUUUUCCUCAACACCUUCUCCUCCGACCCAUCUCUCCUCUCCGCUACCGUCGCCGACCUACGAGCCGCCCGUCAACGCGACCCUGCCUGCAUCUCCUUCGCUCACUGCUUAUUAAACUACAAAGGCUUUUUAGCGAUCCAAGCCCAUCGUGUGGCCCAUAGACUUUGGGCUUUAAACCGGAAGCCUAUAGCACUUGCGUUACACUCACGCAUAGCGGAUGUUUUCGCGGUGGAUAUCCACCCUGCCGCUAGGGUUGGGAAAGGGAUUCUGUUGGAUCACGCCACCGGCGUUGUGAUUGGGGAAACGGCGGUGGUUGGGAACAACGUAUCGAUUUUGCAUCAUGUGACGUUAGGUGGCACCGGAAAGGUAGGUGGCGAUAGGCAUCCGAAGAUUGGGGAUGGGGUUUUGAUCGGUGCUGGUGCGACGGUUUUAGGGAAUGUGAAGAUCGGAGAAGGGGCGAAGAUUGGGGCUGGGUCACUGGUGAUGAUUGAUGUUCCACCGAGGACGACGGCGGUUGGAAAUCCGGCGAGAUUGGUUGGUGGGCAAGAGCAGCCGAAGGUGCACGAGGAUGUGCCUGGUGAGACGAUGGAUCAUACGUCGUUUAUCUAUGUGAUUUGA